UACGUGCAUGAUAGUACUAUACAAUGACGCUCUGAUUUUGGUAAUGUGAGACCACUUUUAUGACUUGACUAAGUACUAGAGUCUUGCAGAAUAAUCCUACCCUAUCUAGCCUGUGAUUGCUUAGAGUACAGCCAUAAUAGACUAGGAUAGUAUUAGUGUCUGAAUAUUGGCGUAACCAUCGCGGUAGCAUUAAAGGCAAUACCUCAGAAGUGAUGCACUUUGUUUUAGGAGUAGAUCCCUGGUCUUUAUGUAUGAAGACAUUUUGCCUCAGUAGGGCAACGCAGUACGCCUUAAUUUGACAACUUUCGACUACGCCGCUAAGUAUGACUUCUGUAAUGUUAGCUAGGACAAGUAUACAGAAAAAUACAUCGAAUAGGACAGAGAAUGAAAUGCUAUGCUCUUGCAGAACACUAGUAAAGCAGAAAAAUCAUAAGUGUCAUAGCAGUAAUCUAAGCAAAAGCUCAGCCCGUAUAUAUACGGGGCCCGUCGCGAAAGGGUUUUAACAGUUACUUGGACAGAUUUUAUGAAUUGAUCAAUUUGAAUGAGUUUUCGUAUGAAGUGAUUAAUGUGAAUAGCAUUCACAUGACACUCAUAAUCCGCAUGGAUUAUGAGUGUCGACCAACCGAAAUGGAAACGGACUGUCUAUACGAGUUUGUGAGCAAAUAUCAGAAGAAAAGAAAGAGUAAAAGCGAAAAAGAAUUCGACAGUCAAACGGCAACAGAAGCACCCACUCAAGUCAAGAAAGUGAAGGUCGGACGUUCACCUCUUCCUCGUUGCCAGCAGUGGCGUAGCUAGGAUAUUUUUCUUUUGCGUUCUGCGCUGUGCUUCGUGGGCAAUUGCCCAUAAAACACAGCGGAGAACGCAAGAGAAAAAUAUCCUGGCUACGCCACUGGUUGCCAGUUUCUCGACAGGCAUCCACAAUGCAAAACACACGUAUUGAAAGAAAGAACUCAGCAAAUAAUACCCAUGUUAACUGGACCGCAAAUACCUCGAGGAGAACGAGAAAAUACCAGAGAACGAUACUGUCGAGCUAUCUUGACACUGUUCAAGCCCUGGAGAAAUGUACAAGAUUUAUGUGGUAAUGAUCAGACAUGGACGGAAGCUCUCGAAAAACAAAACCAUUUAAUAUCAUACGCUUCCAGUCAAAUCAUCGAAAAUAUUCAGUUACUUCACGAGUGUCGGAAAGAAGGUAAUGAUAAACGACUGAUACAAAUUCUCGAACAAUCCAACAGAGAAGAUUCAGAACCAGUAUCACUUUGAAAACAUCAUAAUAUGAGUCAGGAUACUGAUGAUGACGAAACAGAGCAAGAUCUUAUGGAAUUAUUCAACUUUCACGAGAGUACAAAUAAAACGGAUUCAAGUGGUUUAACCUCGCUGCCAGAUUAUGUUCAAAAUGCUGUUGAAGUGCUCGAGAAAGCACAUCGUUUUGCGCAUUUGACAAGCGGUAUUUCAAGUGCCCAUUCGUCUAUGGACUACAGUUCGUAUUUUACACCAGCAACGCCUGAUGAUCGCAAACUAAGUAUCAAAUGGCAAAACACGUUAGUGCAAGCCGAUAAGCAAGAGCAACUACUGAUGUGCGUACCAGGUCCUGGUGGAACGGGAAAAUCACAACUGAUCAAAGCACUCACCAAGUAUUUUGAAGUCACAAAUAAAAAAUACUUCUUACGAAAGUUAGCCCCAACGUCAAUAGCUUCAUCUGAAAUUGAUGGUCUUACAAUUCACUCGUUCUUAGGACCGAUUAGUUAUGCAAAGAAAAAGAAGACAGUUCGUCCCGGAGAUGCAAAGGUGACCAGGAACUGGCAUCACGUUCACUACAUAUUCAUCGACGAGAUGUCAAUGGUUGGUCUGCAUCUUUUGUCACAAAUUCAUAAACUUUUGUGUAUUGCCAAGAGCAAGUCAACUGAGCCAUUCGGUGGAAUCAACGUGGUAUUUUUCGGUGAUUUUAUCCAAUAUCCGCCCGUGUUAGACAAGCCAUUAUAUCGCGAUAUGUUGGCAGAAAAAAACAAUACGAGAAUCAAAUCGAAACAAAAAACUGAACUUGAUACUCAAUAUGAAGUCGGACGUGCACUGUGGUUACAAUUAAACACGGUAGUUCAGUUGACCAGACAAAUGAGAACCGAUGAUCCUGCAUUCUUAGAGGCCCAAAAUCGAUUACGUUACGGACAAUGUACAACAGAAGAUCAUAAAUUACUUUCAACACGAGUGAUUGGUCAUCAAAGCUGUCCGGUCAAAUCAUUGGACGAUAUCGAAUGGAAAGAAGCACCUGUUCUCGUUUUCCUUAACGAUUUAAGAACAGAACUGAAUAAUUUGGCGGUUAUAUCGACAGCUCGUGAAAUUGGUGUAGUACUUGUCGUAUGUAUAGCACACGACACGUUCAAUGCCGGUUCAGCUGUUAACGAAAAAUUGCGGAAAUUUAUUUCUCGUUUGCCGGACAAUAAAACUAAAGGACUGUGUGGUUAUCUAUUUCUCGUCAUAGGUAUGCCAUUGCUGUUAACGGAUAAUUUAGCCACAGAGUUACGUCUCUCAAAUGGUACGUCAGCAAGUCGCAGCAGCCUACGUGCCAGUAUCAAGAGUGAAGAAACUUGA